AUGAGUGAAAGUGCUAAAUUUCAUUACGUUAAGACUAUGAAGAGUGGUUUCUUAGUGGUUCCAUUCAAAUUACCAAAACAUAGAGCAUUGAAGAAAGAUGCCGGUUUGAAUAAUAACUCGUUCCAUUACGUUUACAUAAAAAAACAUGUCAAUAAAGAUAACGAGGAAGAGAAAAACUGUUUAUUUGCUAUCAAUCUACCGAUUUUAAGUAACACUGAAUUUAUCAAGAAAGUGUUUAAUGACAUUUGUAGUAAGAACGACACCAUUGCAUAUAUAGAGAAACUUUUGCAAUACGAUGAGUUUGGGUUGGAGGAAAUCGAUUUGUCAAGUUUGACCUCCGAUUUAAUGAGCAAUAAGUCAAGUGAAGAUGAACAGGCUAAGAUGAAUGAAAACAGGUAUACUCCAAGAAACACUUGUUUGAUAAAGUUUGUCGAUGAAUCUAGUUUGGAGAAUUGUUACAGUUCAAUUAAGAAAUACUGUGAUUUAAUACAGAAGAAGAAAGAGAAAGCAAACUUUAUUGAAUGGGAAUACGUCUCGCCAAGCAUUACUACUUUUAUUAAUUUCUACAAACCUAUUGACAUUGAUUAUCUGAAAGAAGAUAUUAGUUUACACAUGAAAAUAUUCGAAGAAAGAGAAAAUACUGCAAGGGAAGAAGCUCAAAGUUCCAUUGUCGAUGAAGAUGGGUUCACUUUGGUCGUUGGUAAGAACACAAAAAGUUUGAACUCUAUAAAGAAGAAGAUAUUGAACAAGAACCCACUAUUGAAACAUAAGACAAAGGCCAAACAAGGAAACAGUAUGGUCGACAAGAAAGUAAAGCAAGAUUUCUAUAGAUUCCAAGUCAGAGAAAGAAAGAAACAAGAAAUCAAUGAACUUCUAAGUAAGUUCAAAGAUGAUCAAGAAAGAAUUAAAGUCAUGAAAGCCAAGAAAAAAUUCAAUCCAUACAAUAACAGUUUAUAG